AUGCUGUCGGCAACUUCUGGAAUGCUGGUGGCAGAACGAGCAGGUGCCGGCUUCACGUUGCACCGCUCGGAAACAGUUGCUCAUUCCGCCGGGCUGUUGGACCGCAAGAACUCUGCGGCGUCAUCUCGGGCCAGGGGACGAUCGGAAGGUUUCGCUUGCAAGCACAGCGAUGGAUACAAGCCUUUGGGUGCCCCGGUGCCCCCUGAGAGAGUCGUCGAGAUCAACAACUCCACCUUGAUCAAGGUUGAGAAGAUCAAGCAGGCUGUGGGGCGUGAUGCCAGUUCACAGCACCAAGACAAGAAAGACAAAGAAAGAACCCGCCGAAAAGAGCAAGAAGUUGAGCGACCAACUUCGCCGGAUGCAAAGGAUGUCAUCAAAGAUGAACAGACUGUUGCAGAAGAAGCAGGUUUGGAGGCCGACCGGGAAGAGAUGCAGAGCCUUUCGCGUCUUCCUCAUGCGUUGUACGGGAAAGAUUUGCCACGUUGUGGACAGGUCCAAGAGCGGCAGGAGAAGGACGGCUUCAAGGAGUUGAAGCUGCACAUCAAGGGCUCUUAUAGGAGAGUGGAGCAGGUGAAAGCUGACGCAGAUGCAGCAUAUGAGGCCAAGAAUGAGAGCACGCAGUUGAUGCUGACUUCCUCCAGGCAAUGGGGACGAGAAGUAUCUUACGAGGACGCUGGAAGCGCAUUCCUGACGUCCAUAGAGAUUCCCCAAAGCGCACGUGAUGGCCACCGCCAGGUCCGGCUGCAGCAGCCGCAGCAGCCCCUCUCAGCCAGAAGGCCGUCAAGACAAGUACAGCUACCGAAGGUCAGCCAGAAGCGGGGGGCAAACUGGUUGCCAUCCUUGUCCGAGUACUUGGCGUAA